AUGUUGGUUUCUGGAGCACCACACAGAACCCCAUUACAUGCUGCACACAUAGUCGACACAGCAUUAGAAAUCAUAGAAGUAACUCUACUCAGUCUCUACUGGCCAGAGUCAGGUGAAAAUGUCCCAGCUAAUAAUAAGAAUAAAACUGUUUAUACAAAUGAAAACUUACAUCUUUACAUUGGAUGUCAUACUGGUCCAAUUGUUGCUGGUGUAGUCGGUUAUAAAACACCACGAUAUUGUUUAUUUGGUGAUACAGUGAAUACUUCAAGUAGAAUGAUGAGUCAUGGUUUACCAGACAAAGUGCAUAUUAGCGAAUCUUGUGCUCAGUCUUUAUCACCUUAUCCAUAUGAAAUAGAAUGUCGAGGAGAAAUUCCAAUCAAGGGUAAAGGAAGCAUGAAGACAUACUUCGUCACAGGUCGGAAACCAGAAUUCGUCUUACAAGACACGACUGAUGGAGGGAGUCGAAAUUUUGCUGAAGUUCUCAAGGAAGAUAUGCUCAAAGACGAUGAUAUACCAUCGGAAAAUUCGGAUGACUCUGCGAAAUUCUCCAUCAAUUUGUCCGACGCAAGUGGGACUACCGAGGAAGAGUCUUCUCCUUCAUCUCCGAAGGUUGAUGGAGAAGAACUAGAAAUGACUGAGAAGAUAUCUGAGAAAAAAGACAAAAAAUCCAGUAGAGGUGGAAGUAGACGCUCAAGUAAAAGCGCUCAGAAACGCCGUCAAUCUCAGCCACUCUCCAAUACAACUUCACCAACGAACGAGAAUCCCGAUGUCGAGAAUCAACAGAGCAACUCAGGUUUUGUGAACAACCAAAACACAACUGAGGUCCUAAAUGAAGCUGCACGGCGUCUAGUCGAAACGAAAAUAAAAGAUGUAAAGAAUGAACAGAAGAAGAAACAGGAUAUUACAUUCAGUCUUGAGAAUCCCAAGGAAAUCUUGAAAGAGGCUCCCAGCGAAGCCGAUUUACAAGCAGUAGACAACAAUGUUGACGAAGCAACUCUGUUCAAGUCGAAACCAAAGGCACCUGAACGUUCUAGAUUGAUUAAACUCAAUCCAGCAAACAAAGUCUCCAGUGUUUCUGUCUCCAACAAACCCAUCCAACCUACUCCUGACAAAGUUACUGUGAACAAUGUGAGUUCGGAUGCUACUGAGGAUGCACCGAAUGAUGAUAACGAUAAAGUUGCUCAAGAGAUUGGCGAUCGGGAAGAUAGUCACUGUGAUGACUUUCUCAAUAUACAUGUUUACAGCUUUAUAAAUUCACAUCCUAAUUUCUUAUCAAUAUGUUUCGUUUCAUUUGAAGCCGUCCAACAAUACCGCGAAAUGGUGAAACAGGGCCGUUUUGAUCCAGUACCAGAUUUGCCAUUCUGUUCACCUCAGGCAGUUAUAUUCAAAGAUUUAGCUCAACCAUUGUGUCUAGCACUAACCGAAUUACUUAUCAUUAGACCAAAGAAUCCUAUUAUGUAUCUGGCUAUUUGGUUAAGAAACUACUCUAUGGACAGUUCAAAAUUUGACUGGGUUAUACAUUCCGGAUGA